AUGAACAACGCGGCCAUUUCGACUCUGCCCCCGGAUGCCGACUGGGAGAUUGUUGUCAACCGUACCGGCGACCAGACUUGGUCGCCCGACAGCAUGCGCCAGCACUUCAUCAACAUUGAGAGGAACGAGUGGCUCCCCCGCGGCACCCCGGGCCAUGGAUUCGACGGGUGGCUGCGCAUCAACACCCGGAACAACUCGUGGACUGAGCAGCCGAACAACGUCCUCCGCAUCAUGCAUGGUCUCGCCAACGCCACCGACCAGGACACGAACAACAUUCCCGAGCUGGUCAUCCGGGACGUCAACGCGGCUUCCCCUGACCGGGACCAACAGACGGGAUUCUACGGCAUGAGCCUGCACAUCCACGCCAACGGCACACGCUCUGGCUCCAACAGCUACAUCCGCGACACCCUGAACGAUCCCGCGGGCUACCCUCUCACGGUCCAGACCAACAGCUUCGUCACCAGGGUCCUGUUCGACCAGAGCGGCCCCGUCCCGGUCGCGAACGGCGUGGAAGUUCUGAGGGGCUCGGCCGUGUACCGCGCAGACCCGCGAUGGACCCCGGAGAACCGGGGCGAGCUGGCCACGGUUCGGGCCACGAGGGAAGUCAUUGUUUCCGGCGGGGCGUUCAACAGCCCCCAGAUCCUGAAGCACUCGGGCAUCGGCCCCGCCGCGGAGCUGGAGAGGUUCAACAUCACCGUCGUCAAGGACCUCCCGGGAGUCGGCGAGAACAUGGCCGAGAACUACGAAGCCGGUGUCCUCGGCCUCGCGGGCGACGACAUCAACCUCAAUGCCGGACAGACCGGGCUCCUUCUCAAGACGCCCACCGAGACCGGGGACCGGAACAUCCACGCCUGGUGCGGCGCCUUCGCCCUCGAGGGCUUCUGGCCGGGGAUGCCCAACUACUACGGCCGCCGGCAGUACAUGUGUGCCAUGGCGCACAUGCAGCCCAGGUCCCGCGCCGGCAGCGUCAGGUUGAGGUCGUCCGACCCGACGGACACCCCCGAGAUCAACUUCCGCUUCUGGGAGACGGGCGGCGAGGAGGACCUGCGGGAGCUCGUCGACGCCGUCAACAUCAUGCGCAGGGGGUUCCUCGCCGCCGGCGACCCCGUCACGCCCUGGAACGAGCUGCACCCUUGCCACGGCGACGCCGCCAACUGCACCGACGAGGCCCAGCUCGAGUACUUCAGACACCAGUCCUUCGGCCACCACGCGACCUCGACCUGCGCCAUUGGCGCCGCCGACGACCCCAUGGCUGUCGUCGACAGCAAGUUCCGCGUCCACGGCGUCAAGAACCUGCGAGUCGUCGACGGCUCCGUGUUCCCGCACGUCCCCGGCGCGUUCCCCGUCUUGCCCACCUUCAUCAUCGCGGACAAGGCGUCCGGUGAUAUCCUUGAGGCUGCUCGCAACUGCAAAGCCUAG